AAGAUCUUCUGUAUAGUCUUUUUUCUAAUAAAGCAGAUUCCCGAGACGAAAAGAGACUUGUGAGUGCACAUUGCCCACGCACCUCACUCAUCCCAAAACAAAGGAAUACGAAAGUACAGGAGAAGGUUGAUGUGUUGAAUGCUGCUGGAGCUUCAGCUUACUUGGGCUUUAGAGAUGUUGAGAGUAACAGAGAGAUAGAAAGUGUUUCCUUUCCCUAUCAACUUUGCUUGUCAUGGGUCUCUUCUCUUCCUUGCUGCUUUUAUUUCUACAGCUGAUUCCUUGUGUUGUUUCUCAAUUUAGAGAUUUUGUCAGUAUAGAUUGUGGAGGUAGUGCUAACUAUACUGACUCAAGCACGGGACUGACAUGGAUUUCAGAUGAUCGGUUCACUAGAUAUGGUAAUGCAUCACAAGUUAGGACUUCAAGUGAAAACAGACAACAAUACAUGCAAUACAGAUACUUCCCUGCAGACAGCAAGAAGUACUGUUACACUCUAAGUACUGUAGAGAGAAGGCGAUAUCUUGUCAGAGCAACAUUUCUAUAUGGAAAUUCUAAUACUGAUGAUCCAUACCCCAGUUUCCAACUCUACUUGGACAGUACUAGGUGGUCUACCAUAAUGAUUACUGAUGCUUCGAGAAUAUACAUUGAGGAGAUGAUCAUCAGGGCACCCUCUACUUCUAUCCAUGUGUGUCUAUGUUGUGCAUCCACGGGUUCUCCUUUCAUAUCUACUCUAGAGCUGAGGCCCUUAAAUUUUUCAAUGUAUGCUACUAAUUAUGAGGAUGAUUUUUACCUUAAGGUUGCAGCAAGGGUAAACUUUGGUGCUCUCAGUAAGGAUGCCAUACGCUAUCCUGAUGAUCCUUAUGACCGAAUAUGGGAAUCUGAUCUAAACAGGCGGCAAAACUUUCUAGUUGGAGUGGCUCCUGGCACAAUAAGAAUCGCUACUUCUAAGAAAAUAAAGACGGGUGCUCGAGAGUUUCCACCAGUUCAAGUCAUGCAAACUGCUGUGGUUGGUACUAAAGGAAGCCUCACCUAUAGGUUAAAUCUGGAUGGUUUCCCUGCAAAUGCUCGAGCUUAUGCAUACCUAGCUGAAAUUGAAGAUCUAGGUAUCAAUGAGACUCGGAAGUUCUCAAUACGGCAGCCCUAUGUGCCAGGGUAUAGCAAUGCUGUGGUAAAUAUUGCAGAAAAUGCCAAUGGCAGUUACGCACUUUAUGAACCCAGCUACAUGAAUGUGUCAUUAGAUUUUGUUUUGUCAUUUUCAUUCGUGAAGACUCCAGAUUCUACCCGUGGACCACUUCUAAAUGCAAUUGAGAUUAGCAAAUAUGUGCAGAUUACCCCAAAGACAGAUGGCAGAGAUGCUACUGUUUUGGAGGCUCUUCAUUCUCUGUCUUCUCAAAGUGACUGGGCAUAUGAUGAUGGCGACCCUUGCAUCCCAGUUCCUUGGGAAUGGGUGAAUUGCAGCUCUAGUACACCACCGAGGAUUACAAAAAUAGCUUUGUCUGGAAAGAAUUUGGAUGGUAAAAUCCCAUCAGAAAUUAAGCAAAUGGAGGGCUUAACAGAGGUGUGGUUAGAUGGCAAUUUCUUGACUGGGUCCAUCCCGGAUAUGAGCAAUCUCAACAAUUUGACUAUUUUGCAUCUAGAGAACAACAGAUUGACUGGUCAGUUACCUUCUUACUUGGGUGAUUUGCCGAGCUUGCGAGAACUGUAUGUCCACAACAACUCUUUAAGUGGGGAAAUACCUCCAGCUCUGUUAACUGGAAAGUUAAUAUUCAACUAUGAUGGCAAUCCUGAACUGAUUAAAAUGGUAAAGAACAGGCAUCAUUUGAAGCUAAUACUCAGCACUUCAAUGACAGCAUUUACUAUUUUUAUACUUUUUCUCAUUGGAAGCCUACUAGUGUUUCGAUAUCUUCAAAGAAAGGCACCACCAGAGAAAAUUAGUGAGAAAGGUAAUUCUCUACGCGCCAGGUCCAAACCUUCAACUUCCUAUUCCCUUAUACAGGGUGGAUCGUUGAUAGAUGAUGGCCCUGAUGUUGCUUAUAUCACACUCUCAGAGCUAGAAGAAGCCACUCAACAGUUUUCCAAGAAAAUAGGGAAAGGGAGCUUUGGACCUGUCUAUUAUGGAAAAAUGAAAGAUGGAAAAGAAGUGGCGGUUAAGAUUUUGGCUGAUGCAUCUAACCAUGGAACAGAACAAUUUGUAAAUGAGGUUGCCCUCUUAUCAAGAAUUCAUCAUAGAAACUUGGUUCCAUUUAUUGGGUACUGUGAAGAAGAAUCCCAACGAAUUUUAGUUUACGAGUAUAUGCACAAUGGGACUCUGCAUGAUCAUCUACAUGAUUCUGCUAACCAGAAGCAUUUGGACUGGCUAUCUCGUCUCACUAUUGCAGAGGAUGCUGCUAAAGGCCUUCAGUACCUACACAGCGGAUGCAACCCAAGUAUCAUUCAUCGAGAUGUCAAGACGAGCAAUAUUCUCUUAGACAUUAGUAUGAUGGCAAAGGUGUCAGACUUUGGGCUUUCAAGGCAAACUGAUGAAAAUCUCACUCACAUAUCAAGUGUUGCCCGAGGAACAGUGGGAUACCUUGAUCCUGAGUACUAUGCAAAUCAACAGUUGACUGAGAAGAGCGAUGUUUAUAGUUUUGGAGUUGUUCUCCUAGAGCUGAUCUCUGGAAGGAGGCCUGUCUCUGCAGAAGAUUAUGGUGCUGAAUGGAACAUUGUUCACUGGGCAAGGUCUUUGGUUCGUAAAGGAAACGUGACAAGUAUCCUUGAUCCUAAGCUAGCAGGAAACAUCAAAAUUGAGUCUGUCUGGAGGGUUAUAGAAGUUGCAAUAUUGAGUGUCGAGCCGAAUGGAGCUUCCAGGCCAAAGAUGCAAGAAAUAGUGUUGGCUAUUCAAGAUGCAAUUAGGAUUGAGAAAGGAAGCCAAAGCACUAACAAGGCACCUUCAACUUCUUCUUCAAUCCACUCUUCACACUUGAGGUUCCCAUCACACCCUCUUGACAUUGUAAGCUCAGACUUUUCAACCAAAUGUGUCCUUCCAUCUGCAAGAUAAAUUUGUAAUGUCCCCAAAAUAUAUACUUCAAAGUGGAUUAUAAAAUGAUAUCUUGAUUUCUAUAGGA